GAACAUUCAUUCGCCCUUUGAACCGUCAUGUCGACCACAGUAAACGCAGAUUUGGCCAGAGCUCGAGCUCAAGCGACUUUUGAUCCUUUACAAUUAACUUAUUUCUUAUACGAUGGCCCUGAAAAGACGAAGAGGAAACGUUUCUUGCAAAAUAUGGCGAUCAGUGAAUGUGAGCAGCAGAAGUUCCGUCGUACUGCCCACUUGACGCGGGAAGAGCAAUAUGAGGAAGCUCUGCGGAAGAGUACCUAUGCUUUCAAACGGGUCGCCGAGCUGGGACUCAGCGAUCAGGCAGACCUCUUCUAUUUCAGAGAACCUCUCUUCCGCGCCAACCCGCACCCGCUGGCCUUGCACGAGGGCAUGUUCGUACCCACCAUCAAGCAACAGGGCACGGACGAGCAGAGGAAGAAAUGGCUGCCCCUGGCAGAGUCCUUCUCCGUGGUGGGAACCUACGCGCAGACGGAAAUGGGGCAUGGAACGUUCCUGCGAGGCUUAGAGACCACGGCGACCUAUGACCCCAAGACCCAAGAGUUCAUCAUCAACUCCCCCACAGUCACGUCUGCCAAGUUCUGGCCCGGAGGAUUGGGCAAGACAGCGAACCACUGCGUGGUGAUGGCCAAGCUCUUCACCCAAGGCAAGGACGUGGGCAUGCAGAGCUUCAUGGUACAGAUCAGGGACCUGGAGACUCACCAGCCUCUGCCCGGUGUGUCUGUGGGUGACAUUGGCCCCAAGUUUGGCUACGCAGCCAUGGACAACGGCUAUCUGAGCUUCAAGAAUGUACGCAUUCCAAGGGAGAACAUGCUUAUGAGAUACGCACAGGUGUUGGAGGAUGGAACAUUCAUCCAGCCCAAGAAUGACAGGCUCGUGUACGGGUCCAUGACUUUGAUCCGAGCGCAGAUCGUCGGAGGUACAGCUCGGGCUCUCGCCAAGGCUGUCACCAUAGCAACCAGAUACAGUGCUGUGCGCCGUCAGUCACAGAUCAACUCUGGACAAGGCGAGGUCCAAGUGAUCGACUUCCAGACCCAGCAGCACAAGGUGUUCCCACAGAUUGCCAUGGCCUACGCCCUCAACAUCACAGGCCGGCGCUCCAUCGCUGCCUACAACCGUGUUUCCAAACAGAUUGAGAAGGGCUCAUUGGAGGAACUGCCAGUGCUGCAUGCCCUGUCAUCGGGCCUGAAGGCGUACAGCUCAUGGGAGAUGAUGUACGGCAUAGAGCAGUGCCGCCUGGCAUGUGGAGGACAUGGCUACAUCGAGGCCAGCGGCCUGCCCAAGAUCUACGCUAACGAGGUGCCGGCUUGUACUUACGAAGGGGAGAAUACCGUCCUGUGUCUGCAGACUGCUCGUUACCUGAUGAAGUGUUAUGCGGCUCUGACGAGCGGGGAAGCCCUCCCUCCUAUGGUGAGCUACCUGAGGACGGCGCAAGGGGGCAGGAGUCAGCUGUCAGGCAAGCUGGAGCUGGAACAGUUGAUUGCUGCUUAUGAGCACAGGGCUGCCAGGAUGAUCUCGGAGGCCGGUGCCAGACUGGCUGAGCAGCAGAAGAAAGGCAUGAAGCCUGCAGAGGCCUGGAACAAUAGCUCACAGUUGUUGGUGGAGGCGGCUAUGGCCUUCUGCCAGACGUUUGCGGUUCGAGCUUUUGUGGAGACUGUACAAGAGGCCAAACUGCAGCCGUCCUUGAAGGCUGUCCUGGUCCAGCUGUGUCAGCUGUUUGCUGUGCAGGGGAUACUUAAGUACUCCGGGCAAUUUACUAAGGGUGGCUUCCUGAGUGACCAGCAGGUGGAGACCUGUCAGAACAAGCUGUUUGACCUUCUGGCCUUGCUCAAGCCCAACGCCGUGGCUCUGGUCGAUGCCUUCGACUUCCCCGACCAGGUGUUGGACAGCGACCUUGGACGCUAUGACGGGAACGUCUACGAGGCUCUCAUGGAGUACGCUCGCAACUCGCGGCUCAAUGAGUCUGAGGUCCAUGAGGGAUUUUUCAAGUACCAGAAGCCUUUUGUGGACUAUCUGAACGGCAAAAGUAUCCUCCAGGCUCGCUUGUGAGAUGGACCGGGUAUGAUUGACUGUGGGGGACGAUGGUCAUAGUCGUCUUGUUUUGGUUUUUUUGGGGGGGUGUUUUGUUUGUUGUUGUUUCAACUGCAUCUGUGGCAGAUAUAUAUGUUGUUGAGUUUUUUUUUACAAAUGUUAUCAGAUUUUUGUCAUUAAAAUUUUGUUGUUGUUGUUUCAACUGCUUCCGGCAGUUUACAUGUCAUUGAGUUGGUUCGCAAAUGUUAACAGAUUUUUGUCUUUUUUUGUUGUUUUUAUUUUUGAGGGGGUUUACUGUUUUGAUUGGGUGGGUAGAAUGAAAGACCAAGCUAAAAUUGAAAUAUUGAUGUUGUUUCUUUAAAAAAAAUAAAAAAUUGCUGGAUUCUGUUACUGACAGAUAUUGGUAAGAUAGUCUUCGCACUGACCCCUGAUACAAAUAAUUGUGAUCCAAUUAGCUUUUUUUUACUAGUAUGACUAUAGAACUGGUACACAACUGUCAUACUAUAUUCGAGAUCAUUUUUAUCUAAUAUGAUUGUUUUGACUUAGAAUUUUUUAGAAAUCUACAUCUUCCUGCUGGAUCACACUGAAAGGGGUACAAAGAAACAUGGUUCUUAGUAGUGAUUCUAUGCUAUUUUUUCCCCUGCCCAAAUGCAAUACUAUAGAGCCAGAACACAACUAACAUAUUUAUAAUCUGAUUAAUAAUGGAAUUACACUUGUCAUUUUUUUCGAAAGUUAUGCCGUAGCUUAGCUGCCAAGUAGUUGGUAUGACCUUUUUCACAUUAUAAUUACAUGUCUGCUUUGAACAGCUUGAGUUUAUUGAAUAUAGAAAUGUGUUAGUGUAGGGCUUAGAGGAGGAUUUCCUGACCAAUACCCUCCAUCUUGACCUUCUGUGUGGGUAGAGUUGUUGUUUUUUUAGGGGGAAGUGGGGAUUGAAGCUAUGCAGCUAGAGUAUUUUUUUGGUUACUUCUAUAACUGUUCAAGUACUAGUGGUGAGACUUCUUUGAUAUUUCGCUAGUGGUGCUUGUGCUAUGUAUAGGAACAUUUUCGACUCAAUUUCCUGACAGAAGGUAAUGGUGAAGACAAUGUCUUUCUUUUACUUAAUGUAUCGUAUAUUUAACAUAAUAUUGUGUCAUUUUAUAUUGUAAGCUCUUUUGUAAACGGAGUUGAAAUCAAAUUUUUCUUUCCUGCCAUGUAAUCUUAUAGUCUGUUGUGACAUGAAUUGAGAUAUUUUGUGAAGUUUGAAGGUUUCUUGCAAGUCUUCGGGAAAGUUUUUUGUCAGCAGCUUUGGGGGGGGGUUUAGAUUUUAAAAAUUUAGUACGAUUUUUUUUUUUUGACUGAGAAAUUUUUAGAACAUUCCGUCUUACUGCUGGUUGAGAUUUAAGAAAGAAGUCCAGAGAAAAUGGAUCUUAGUAGUGAUUCUAUGCUAUUUCGAUUUUUUUUCGGCCCGGCCGAAUUUAUUUUUUUUAUGUGGUCAACGUUCUGUUCUGAUCAAAUCAUUUUUCAUUGUUUGAAAUGAAAAAGACAGACUGCUGAAAUGUUUGUGGCAUGAAGAAUAUUGAACUUUUGUUUCUUAACGAAUGAUUAACAACAGGAAAAUGACAAUCACGGUCAUCAUUUUUGAGGAUUGUUUCUUUCAUCUGUGAUCUGGAAGUUGAUGUGCCAUGACCGGCUGCAAUGACUUUUGGACAUUGAGUCAAAUGAGUCUUUCUUUCCCAUGGUGUCAGGGUGUUCCUUCUUACUGUUUUCAAAUCUUGGAUGUGAGUCGGUGUAAGUUUUGUCUUGGCAAGUCAGAUUCUUCUCUUUCUGCAUCUGCUUUGGUAAGAAUGGCUGAACAGUCAUGUGAAUCGUUCUAUUUAACUUGCUGACAUAUUUUGAAACUUUGUGUCUAAAACCCAAUUGCUGUGGACUUCCUUAGAUUUUAAGUCCACUCUAACGAGUUACUUCCAAACCAACAAAAGUAGUUGGCAAGCUUAUGAGGGGAUUUUUGUUUCUAAAUUGGCUUUUUUUCCAGUGCCCCUGCAACUUCAGCUUCAGUUUCUUUCUUCCACUGUUGCGUUUCUCAUAGACAGAAAGCGGAGAGCUUCCUUGCUUCCUAAGUGAUGCUCCUUGAUGCUUUUGUUUAUCUGUUUGGAAGGAAAGAAAGAACAGGGAAGUGGGUAGGAGGGAUAAAAUGUCUUUAUAACUUGGUGAUGUUCAAGAGUAAAGUUGAAAGAGAGGCUGUGAAGUAUUUUUUAUAUAAAAUAUAAUCUGUUUAUGUUGGAUUUGUCGCAAAUUAUUCAAGAUUCUUUUUGUCCAGUUGGGUAGUGUGGCUUAUUUGGCACUUUUUGUCGUUGUGUCCAAAAGAUUUUUUAUUUGUCUUCAUAAAAAUGUUUUGAAAGUGAGUUGCUGUCCUUUUGGAUUAUCAUGUAUUCUUUCAGAUAUUUCUGCCUUCGGGGAUGAUUUUUGCAGCAUAUAAUCUGAUGAAAGAAAAGACCACUAUGGAUGGGCAAAAGGAAUAAAACAAAUUAUUGUGGUUUGCUAUAUUUUGAGGAGGGGGGGGGGGGGGGGGGGGGCGCGUCUUUUUUCAAAUAUGUCCAUUGUUGUGCAUAUUAAGUCAGGUAUUUUUGUCUGAAUUUUUUAGGAUGACUUUAUUUAUCCUCUUUUGAAGUCAGGAAUAUGUGAAUCAUCUGUUGUAACAGCACUCUUAGAGAACAUACCUGUGUACAAUCAGAGAAUGUUUUUGCACACGAAAACCCUGAAAUUUGUGCUAUUUCUAUCCAGUAUUGUCAUGUCUUUCGACUAUAUAUCCUGUCAAACAAUGAAGUUGUAAAUAAUCUUUGAAAAAAGAUGUGUUCUGUGAUUCUAAGAAAGGAAGAAUGCCAGAAUAAUCUCCCAUUGAAAAUUAUGUGAUUUCGUUUCUUAUGUUUUUUUUCAUUCUGGUAUGUUCGAUUGAAAAUGUUGGAGCUGCAUCUUCGUUGCCUUUUCUCAUGUUCUUGUAAUAGGCUGGAAUGGUGCUAUGAACAGAACAAGUAAAAUAACGCUUCCAAUUA